UUCAGUUCUGAAGUUCUUGCAGCAAUAGAAAAUGUCAUUCAAGGUGUUAUUCAAAGCUUGGCAGAAGGGAAAGCACCUGUUCUCACCCUGGCUAACCGCGCAGACUGGAGGAACAUAGAAUUUAAAGAUUCUGUAGGUCUGCAGAUGAUACCACGUUGUACCACGAAACAAAUCAGAAGUGAUUCCCCUAGCUCAGCACGAAAAUUUGCUCUGAUGCUCAAAAUAUUAUCUAUGAUCUAUAAGAUGGUGCAGAGUAAUACUUAUGCAACUAAAAGAGAUAUAUAUUACUCAGACACCCUCUUGUUUGGUAGCCAAAGUAUUGUGGACAAUAUAAUCAAUGAAAUUUCUUGCAUGCUUAAGAUACCUCGGAGAAGUCUACAUAUACUGUCUACAACUCAAGGUUUUGUUGCUGGUAAUUUGAGUUACACUGAGGAAGAUGGUACAAAAGUGAAUUGCACCUGCAGUGCAACAGCAGUCGCUGUGCCAUCUAAUGUUCAUGGAAUUAAAAAUUUAAUCUCGCAUGCCAAAUUUGUGUUGAUUGUGGAAAAAGAUGCAACUUUUCAGAGGCUCCUGGAUGAUGACUUCUUCAGCAAAGUGUCCCCAUGCAUCAUGAUCACAGGAAGAGGAGUACCAGAUCUCAAUACAAGAUUUUUGGUCAGGAAGCUGUGGGAUACUUUUCAAUUUCCUAUUUUCACCCUUAUGGAUGCAGAUCCACAUGGUAUAGAAAUUAUGUGUGUCUACAAGUAUGGAUCUGUGUCCAUGUCUUUUGAGGCUCAUCAUCUCACUGUUCCGGCUAUAAAGUGGCUUGGGCUCCUUCCAUCUGAUCUCAAGAGACUAAAUAUACCUAAAGAUGCCCUGAUUCCACUGACAAAGCAGGAUGAAAAUAAAUUAGCAAGUAUACAGAGGAGACCUUAUAUUUCUUGUCAGCCACUGUGGAAAAAAGAACUGGAAAUUAUGGCAGCAUCCAAGCUGAAGGCUGAAAUCCAGGUUUUGACUUCUCUCUCAUCAGAUUACCUUUCCAGAGUCUAUUUACCAAACAAGCUGCAGUUUGGGGGAUGGCUGUGA